GGCGGGUCCCCGCGCGGAGGAAGCGUCUUCCCCGCGGCGGGACAGCGGCCGGCCGGGCUCCCCGCGGGCUCGGGCAUGGAGGAGGAGCCGCAGGUGUACCCGGUGGCGGGCGCCGCGGGGCCGCAGGACGAUGAGGACCGGCGGCGGGUCCCCGACGGGCCGGCGGCCCCGCUGGACGAGCUGGUGGGCGCGUACCCCAACUACAACGAGGAGGAGGAGGAGCGCCGCUACUACCGCCGCAAGCGCCUGGGGGUGCUGCGCAACGUGCUGGCGGCCAGCGCGGCGGGCGCGCUCACCUACGGCGUCUACCUGGGCCUCCUGCAGAUGCAGCUGGUCCUGCACUACGACGAGACAUACCGCGAGGUGAAGUACGGCAACAUGGGGCUCCCCGACAUCGACAGCAAGAUGCUCAUGGGCAUCAACGUCACCCCCAUCGCCGCGCUGCUCUACACGCCCGUGCUCAUCAGGUUUUUCGGCACCAAGUGGAUGAUGUUCCUGGGCGUGGGCAUCUAUGCUCUCUUUGUCUCCACCAACUACUGGGAGCGCUACUACACCCUGGUGCCCUCCGCCGUGGCCCUGGGCGUGGCCAUCGUGCCACUGUGGGCGUCCCUGGGGAACUACAUCACCAGGAUGGCCCAGAAGUACGAGGAGUACGUCCACUUCAAGGAGCGGGAGGAGCGCGGCCCGAAGCAGCGCGCGCCCCGGGGCUCCCACGCGCCCUACCUCCUGGUCUUCCAGACCGUCUUCUACAGCUGCUUCCACCUGAGUUUCGCCUGUGCCCAGCUGCCCAUGAUCUACUUCCUGAACCACUACCUGUAUGACCUGAACCACACGCUGUACUCCGUGUCCAGCUGCGGUACCAACAGCCACGGCAUCCUCAGCGGCUUCAACAAGACGGUCCUCCGCACGCUGCCGCGCAGCCGCAACCUCAUCGUGGUGGAGAGCGCGCUCAUGGCCGUGGCCUUCUUCGCCAUGCUGCUGGUGCUGGGUCUGUGUGGCGCCGCCUACCGGCCCACGGAAGAGAUUGACCUGCGCAGCGUGGGCUGGGGCAACAUCUUCCAGCUGCCCUUCAAGCACAUCCGCGACUACCGCCUGCGGCACCUCGUGCCCUUCUUUAUCUACAGCGGCUUUGAGGUGCUCUUUGCCUGCACGGGCAUCGCCCUGGGCUACGGCGUGUGUUCUGUGGGGCUGGAGCGCCUGGCCAACCUCCUCGUGGCUUACGGCCUGGGCGCGUCCGCCUCGUCCCUCCUGGGCCUGCUGGGGCUCUGGCUGCCGCGCUCGGUGCCCCUGGUGGCCGGGGCCAUGCUGCACCUGCUCCUCAUUCUCGGCCUCUUUCUGUGGGCGCCGGCGCCACGGACCCUGCAGCACAUGUGGACCCUGUACGUGGUGGCCGUGCUGUGGGGCGUGGGCAGCGCCCUCAACAAGAUCAGCCUCAGCACACUCCUGGGAAUCCUGUACGAGGACAAAGAGAGGCAGGACUUCAUCUUCACCAUCUACCACUGGUGGCAGGCCGUGGCCAUCUUCGUGGUCUACCUGGGCUCCAGCUUACCCAUGAAGGCAAAGCUGGUGGUGCUGCUGCUGACGCUGGUGGCGGCCGUGGUGUCCUACCUGUGGAUGGAGCAGAAGCUGCGUCGCGGCCUGCUGCCCCGCCAGCCCCGCAUCCCGCGGCCCCAGCACAAGGUGCGCGGCUACCGCUACCUGGAGGAGGACAACUCGGACGCGAGUGACGGGGAGGCCGAGCAGGGAGGUGCUGGAGCAGGAGGAGGCCCCGAGGACUGCCUGGAGGAGGAGGCCCCACCUGCCGGGACCCGGCCUAGCCCUGAACCCGCCGUCUAUCGCCGGCCUUGCCCCUACGAACAGGCGCAGGGAGGGGACGGGCCGGAGGAGCAGUGAGGGCCCCGCCCGUCCGCCCCUGCUCAGGGCCAGAGACACCUGUGUGCCAUUUUCAGGGAGGACCCCUGCACCUCCUCGAGAGGGGCGUCCCCUGGGGCCUGGGCUGAGCCACCUCCAGGGCGGAUGGGGGCCUGAGACCCACGGGUGAGACCUCGGGUUUGAGAGACAGCACGCAGCCCCCACCCCGCGCCCUGGCCAGGCGACCAAUAGGCUCUCUGUCUGUCUGUCUGUCUGUCUGUCUGUCUGUCUCACUCUCUGCCUCUCCCUCUCUCUUGCUCUCUCUCCCCCUCUCUCUCCCUCUUCCCCCCUCUCCCCCCUCGCUCUCGCUCUCUGCUCUCUCUCUCGCUGUGCUAACUCGCUGUGAGCUUUGCACCCCCUGUGGGGCUGAGGCGCGACUGUCCCCGGAACAAGCAGUAAAGAGCCCUGGGGGUCAGGCUGUGUGGGAUGUGCACGGGGCCUGGCUGACCCCGGACUUGACUGGAGCCCCCUGCCCCGCCCCCGCCACCCACUGCGGCUGCCAGCCCUGUCCCAUCCUCCCCAGAGAAAAGCCCAGAAGGUCCCCGGGUGCCCGCAGUGACCAAGGGGGCUGCCAGUUCCCUGGGGAUUUAAAGAUCGGCCCCGGGGCAGGACAGUUCCGGGUUAGGCCGUUGGCUUGCGUGUGCUGGGCUCCAGUUCUGCCCCCGCUGUGGACACUUGGACCCCUCCCAAGCACCAGGACUGAUCCCUGAGCAACACUGGGUGUGGCCCAAGCCCAAAAUCAUAAAUAAGAUUGAAAUAAAGGACGGCCGUCCAGCGGGCAGGACUCUCGUCUGCAGCAACCGACUCGGGUUCUAUCCCUGGCGUCCCACAUGGUCCCCUGAG